AUGCUCCUCUUCAACCUCAACGACUACGAAAUCAUGGUCGCCCUGCCCACGACGUACGACAAAGCCCUCGCCCUAGCGAUUGAGAAGUAUACGAUCCCCAAGGACCACGUCGUGCGCCUGGGCUGCAGGGCGAGCGAGCUCGCGUAUAUUGGCAAUUGGGCGACUACCGAAUACCUCUGGAUCGCGGAUAACGACUCGUUCUACUACGCUUGUGCGGGCAAGCACGUCACGCGCCUCGACGUGAUUGUCACCCCCAGGAAUGUGUCUGCCCCCGAAAAGAAGGACGAGGCCAAGGCCGACGGUGGGGCCAAGGGCGGCGGCGGAGGCGGUGGAGGAGGCAAGGGCUCGGCGCCGUUCUCUGCGACCACGACCGCGGCGAAUAGCACCAAAGUUGAGAUCAAGGGUAAUGUGACUGCGAGUGAUCUCUCCAAGGGCCCCGCUCCGAACAAGUAUGUCGGUACUUUGACGGUCGAGCCCAACACAUUUGCCUACAAGUUCGACGGUCAGGCGCUGAAGCCUGAUGUCGUGCACGACAAGGCCACUGCGCGCAUCCUGUUCAAGCCGAGCUCGACGACGCCGAGGAUCGAGCUGCUGCCGCCAAACUCGGAUAGCAUGGAGGUUACGGUGACUCUCAAGGGCUGGGAGGCACUCACCACGUACCCCAGAGCAAAGAAGGUCACCGAGGCGGGCAAGACGCGCCUGCGGUGGUUCGGGCGCGUUGGCAAGGGGGGCAUGAUCGAGGACUCGCUCGAUGGGACCCAUGCGCAGGGCGUGUUCUACGAGAUCCUCUCCAAGCCAGCGAACGCCGGCCCCGAGGACCCGCUCGUCCCAGCGUGGCCCGACAUUCGCCCCGUGAACUCUUGGUGCCUCGGGCAGGCGACGUUCGUCGCGCACAUCGACCGAGUCCUCACAACCCUCGGGGUGCCGAUCGAGAAUCGCACGGCAAUCAUUACCUCCUGGCUCCCUAGUAUCACGCGGCACAGCAACAUUGCGUAUCGCAUUCUCGACAAGGAGCAGAUCGCGGCGUCGUCCGAGCUGUCGAUUGUGCCACCAGCCCAAGCCGUCCUCCGCUUCUUUAUCCUCUUCAAGGGUAUCCCCGACAGCGAGCUGGGCAAAUGGGCGGGACGCGGCGCGGCUCAGGUCGAGCGCGGCGCUGACUGGGUCGACGCACUCGGUGCCAACGCGCUCUUCGGCGACGAGAAGCUGUUCCGCGUCAUCGAGUAUGCUGCGAUGGAGGUGCAUGACUGA